AUGGGGAGGCAGAUGGCUCUGAAAGUGGACUUGUCACUACUUCGUCAUUACACAUAUUGCUGCACGGGCCUGCUCUGUGUUCAGCUCAAGGGCUGGGCUGAGGAAGAAGGUGGAGCUCAAGUCUGCAGAGCUUCCCAAGAAGACAGAGGAUCCGCUACUUUGGGACCCAAGGAGGGCGGAGUAGCCGGAAGUCGGAGGCCGAAAGCCGGGAGUGGGCCGAGACCCCAGUGCUUCUCCUGGUGCCUAUCGCUCCCCGACACACCCGCCCAACCUGGAGACUCGGGAGGGCCUCGGGAGGGGGGACUUCGGCCCCUAGCGGGGGCAGGAGAUGAUAAUACAGGAAGACCUCGGGGGAGGGGGAGGAGGCUGGCGCAGAGCCCGAGCGACUUGGACGGCCUUCGCUCCAUUCUGUUCCCCGGAGAGGGAAACCUCCUCCUCCCCUUCCUCUCCUCCCCUUCCCUUCCUCCCCUUCCCUUCCCUCCUCUCUGCCUCCGUGGGGCGCUCAGGUCCCGCUGCUUCCCGAAGCCCCAAAGCCUCAGCCGCCCGAUGCCCCGGCCCAGAGGGCACAAGGGCCUGCGAGCCUGGUUCUGGGGCCGGCCAGCCCUUCCGUUUUUCCUACAGGGAACCAAGGGGCGCAGCGCCUCGCUUCCCUUCCCUGCCUGCCGCCGCUCGAGAGGGGCUGUUUAA